AUCAUUUUCUCAUUCAAGAUGGCGGCAUCAACAACUCAUACGCAAGCUAAAUUUGACGAACUUUACGAUUUAAAGGAAGAAUUAGGAAAGGGAGCAUUUUCGAUCGUACGGCGCUGUGUGCAAAAGACAGCAUUACUAGAAUUUGCCGCCAAAAUAAUUAAUACCAAGAGGCUAUCCGCCCGAGAUCACCAGAAGUUAGAACGGGAGGCCAGAAUAUGUCGUUUGUUAAAGCAUCCGAAUAUAGUCAGACUGCAUGAUAGUAUACAGGACGAAGGUUUUCACUAUCUAGUUUUCGAUUUAGUAACUGGAGGUGAAUUGUUUGAAGAUAUUGUUGCUAGAGAAUUCUACAGCGAAGCUGAUGCCAGUCACUGCAUGCAGCAAAUUUUAGAGAGCGUCAGCUACUGUCAUCAACAUGGAAUAGUUCAUAGAGAUCUUAAGCCGGAAAAUCUGCUGCUAGCUAGCAAAGCCAAAGGAGCUGCGGUGAAAUUGGCCGAUUUUGGCCUCGCAAUUGAAGUGCAGGGCGAUCAACAAGCAUGGUUUGGGUUUGCUGGCACGCCUGGUUACUUAUCUCCCGAGGUGCUCAGAAAAGAUCAGUAUGGUAAACCAGUUGAUAUUUGGGCUUGCGGUGUCAUACUUUAUAUAUUACUAGUCGGUUAUCCACCGUUUUGGGACGAGGACCAACAUCGAUUAUAUGCUCAGAUAAAAGCUGGUGCCUAUGACUAUCCGUCUCCGGAAUGGGACACUGUCACUCCAGAAGCAAAAAACCUCAUAAAUAGUAUGUUGACUGUUAAUCCAUCAAAGAGAAUAACAGCCGCAGACGCUCUCAAGCACCCAUGGAUUUGCAACCGAGAGAGAGUUGCUUCCGUUGUACAUAGGCAAGAGACGGUCGAAUGCCUGAAAAAGUUCAAUGCACGCAGAAAGUUAAAGGGCGCUAUUUUAACUACAAUGUUGGCUACAAGAAAUUUCUCAAGUAAGUAG